AUGUCUGAAGAUUGGAUUGCGAAUAAAAUCAAUGGAGGCGAAAUCACCGAAUAUAAGCUUGAAGACUUUGAAGAAUUUCGAGCAAUCAUUGCAGGUGCUUUCAGUAAAGUUUAUAAGGCAAGAUUACGAAGUACAAAGAACAUGUAUGCUUUGAAAAUUAUUGAGAAUAAUGAGCAUAUUAAUAAAGAGCUUGUGAAUGAAGGGACACAAGAUAACCGACCAUCUAUCCAAGAAGUAGCUAUGGAAUUAAAAAAUAUUAUUGCCCAAAACAUCGAAAUCAACAUUGAAGAUAUCGAUAAUACAAAAACUCUUGAAAUUUUGCUUGAUAACGCUUUUGGUAUUAAUAACGUUAUUGAUUUAAAGAAUGAUAUGAUACUUUUUGUAAACAAUCUAUAUUCGACUUUUAGUAAACUAUUUAAUGAAGGUGGAUCGGUUAGUUAUAUAAUUAUAAAUUUCAUAUCCAAACAUAACAAGACUCCAGAAGAAGUUUUUAAUUGGCUGUUUAUAAAUAAUGAUAAUUCAAAGUAUAUUCUCCUACUCGGAUUAUUUUAUAAUUGGGGUAUUGGAACAGAUAAAAUUGAUGCAGAGUCAUUUGAUUUAUUUCUUAAUGCGGCAACAAAAGGUAAUGUUAUUGCACAGUAUUUUGUUGGAAGGUGCUAUGAAGUUGGUUGGAACACCAAGAAGAGUAUUAAGGAGGCAAUUGAAUGGUACAAUAAAGCAAUUGGGGAUGAAUGUCCAGCAGCAGAAUGUAUGCUUGGAAAUUAUUAUUAUAAAAAUGGUGAAUAUAUUCGAGCAUUUAAAUUACUCGAAAGCGCAGUUAAAAAGGGAAAUAUAACAGCGAUGCAUACCUUAGGAUUAUGUUAUCAAAAAGGUCGUGGAACUAGUGCCAAUAUGGCUGAAGGGUUUAAAUUAUUUGAAAAGGCGGCUAAAAUGGGACUACCUUCUUCACAAUAUGAACUUGGCCAAUGUUACGAAUCUGGUAAAGGAACAAAAGUAAAUUUGGAAAAGGCAUUAGAUUGGUACCAAAAAGCUGCAGAAAAAGAUCGUACUUACCGAAAUGAUCGUGAACGUGUAAAGCUUAGAAUUAUAAAAGAUCGUGACUAA